CAACAGCUAGAGGCCUUGGGACAGGUUAGCGUGUGUACGUCCAAGAGUAGAGAGACAGGCAAGGGGUGCCUUGGACCAUGGCAGGCUCCAGCCUGGACUUCGGGGAGGUGGAAACUUUUCUGGAUAGGCAUCCAGAGUUGUUAGAAGAUUAUUUGAUGCGGAAAGGGAAGCAGGAGCUGGUGGACAAGUUGCUACGAAGGCACAGUCCGGGACAGGGGGCUUCAGGCCUGAAGCCUGCCCAGACUGGCACUGGUAGCUUGGCUCAGAGUAUUGGCAGAGGCAGUCCUGGGAUAGGUGGUGGUGCUGGACCCCAGGGCUCUGCCAACAGCCAUCCCACACCCGGUGGUGGGGAAAGUGCUGGGCUUCCCCUGAGUUCCAGCUGGGCUAGUGGCAGUCGGGGCGAUGGGAACCUGCAGAGGAAAACUUCGCAGAAAGAGCUGCGGAAGAGCUUUGCCCGCUCCAAAGCCAUCCAUGUGAACAGGACCUACGAUGAACAGGUGACCUCCCGGGCCCAGGAGCCCAUGAGCAGUGUCCGGCGGAGGGCCUUGCUCAGGAAGGCCAGCUCUCUGCCCCCUACCACAGCCCACAUUCUCAGUGCCCUGCUGGAAUCGAGGGUGAAUCUGCCUCAGUAUCCCCCUACGGCCAUCGACUACAAAUGCCACCUCAAAAAGCAUAAUGAACGCCAGUUUUUCCUGGAACUGGUCAAGGACAUCUCCAAUGACCUUGACCUCACCAGCCUAAGCUACAAGAUCCUCAUCUUUGUCUGUCUCAUGGUGGACGCUGACCGCUGCUCUCUCUUCUUAGUGGAGGGGGCAGCUGCUGGCAAGAAGAGUUUGGUCUCCAAAUUUUUUGAUGUGCAUGCAGGGACCCCACUGCUCCCCUGCAGCAGCACAGAGAACUCAAAUGAGGUGCAGGUCCCAUGGGGAAAAGGCAUCAUUGGCUAUGUCGGGGAACAUGGAGAAACCGUCAACAUUCCUGAUGCCUAUCAGGACCGAAGAUUCAAUGAUGAGAUCGACAAGCUAACUGGAUACAAGACAAAAUCCCUAUUGUGCAUGCCUAUCCGGAGCAGUGACGGAGAGAUUAUCGGUGUGGCCCAAGCAAUAAAUAAGAUUCCUGAGGGUGCUCCAUUUACGGAGGAUGACGAAAAGGUUAUGCAGAUGUAUCUCCCAUUCUGUGGAAUCGCCAUAUCUAAUGCGCAGCUCUUCGCUGCCUCGAGGAAGGAGUACGAAAGAAGCAGGGCUUUGCUGGAGGUGGUCAAUGAUCUCUUCGAAGAACAGACGGACCUGGAGAAGAUUGUCAAGAAAAUAAUGCAUCGGGCCCAAACUCUGUUGAAAUGUGAACGCUGUUCGGUUUUACUUCUAGAAGACAUCGAAUCCCCAGUGGUGAAGUUCACCAAAUCCUUUGAACUGAUGUCCCCAAAGUGCAGUGCUGAUGCUGACAACAGUUUCAGAGAAAGCAUGGAGAAAUCAUCCUAUUCUGACUGGCUGAUAAAUAACAGCAUCGCUGAGCUGGUGGCUUCGACAGGCCUGCCCGUAAAUGUCAGUGACGCCUACCAGGACCCACGCUUUGAUGCUGAGGCUGACCAGAUAUCUGGUUUUCACAUAAGAUCUGUUCUCUGUGUCCCUAUAUGGAACAGUAACCACCAAAUAAUUGGGGUCGCUCAAGUCCUGAACAGACUGGAUGGGAAACCUUUUGAUGACGCAGACCAGCGGCUUUUUGAGGCUUUUGUCAUCUUUUGCGGCCUUGGUAUCAACAACACAAUUAUGUAUGAUCAAGUGAAGAAGUCCUGGGCCAAGCAGUCCGUGGCUCUUGAUGUGCUGUCCUACCAUGCCACAUGUUCCAAGGCGGAAGUCGACAAGUUUAAGGCAGCCAACAUCCCUCUGGUGUCAGAGCUGGCCAUUGAUGACAUCCACUUUGAUGACUUUUCCCUUGAUGUUGACGCCAUGAUCACAGCUGCUCUCCGGAUGUUCAUGGAGCUGGGGAUGGUACAGAAAUUUAAAAUCGACUAUGAGACCCUGUGCAGGUGGCUUCUGACGGUAAGGAAGAACUACCGGAUGGUUCUCUACCACAACUGGAGACAUGCCUUCAACGUGUGCCAGCUGAUGUUUGCCAUGCUCACCACUGCUGGGUUUCAAGAGAUUCUGACGGAGGUGGAAAUUUUAGCGGUGAUUGUGGGAUGCCUGUGUCAUGACCUCGACCACAGGGGAACCAACAACGCCUUCCAAGCUAAGAGUGACUCUGCACUGGCCCAGCUCUAUGGGACAUCAGCGACCUUGGAGCAUCACCAUUUUAACCAUGCAGUGAUGAUCCUUCAGAGUGAGGGUCACAACAUCUUUGCUAAUUUGUCCUCCAAGGAAUACAGUGACCUCAUGCAGCUUCUGAAGCAGUCCAUACUAGCCACAGACCUCACACUGUACUUUGAGAGGAGAACUGAGUUCUUUGAACUUGUCAGUAAAGGAAACUACGAUUGGAACAUCAAAAGUCACCGUGAUGUGUUUCGAUCGAUGUUAAUGACAGCCUGUGACCUUGGAGCCGUGACCAAACCAUGGGAGAUCUCCAGACAGGUGGCUGAACUUGUAACCAGCGAGUUCUUUGAGCAAGGAGAUCGGGAAAGGUCGGAACUCAAACUCACUCCCUCAGCUAUUUUUGACCGGAACCGGAAAGAUGAACUACCCCGGUUGCAACUGGAGUGGAUUGACAGCAUCUGCAUGCCUCUGUAUCAGGCCUUGGUGAAGGUCAACGUGAAGCUGAAGCCUAUGCUGGAUUCAGUGGCUGCCAACCGAAGGAAGUGGGAGGAGUUACAUCAAAAAAGACUGCAGGUCUCUGCUGCCUCCCCCGCCCCCUCGAGUUUCACGGCAGCGGGCGAAGACAGACUGUAAACCACCCAGAGCCCGGUGCAACCCUGUGACGUGGAGAGUCCUCUGCAGCCUGAAGGGUCGGCUUCAGCAGCCGCGUGGGCCUUUUCUUUCAGCUCAGACAGUCCUAAAGUGUAGACUGUGUAGGCUGGACCAGGAAGCGCACCCUGAAGUGUGCUUGGCAGCAGCGCAAUGGAAGGGUGAGGGACAGAGUCGCGCAGAGAACUUGACCCUCGACUUUCGGUGAUGCACCCACAAGGAUGGAUUUGGAUCCACGAGCCUUAGCCCCACUCAUUCUGAGUUGAGGGGACACCGUGGUAAAAGUGUCACUGACACUGCUUCAUGUAGGGCACUUUUCUGUUAUAAGACUUCCCUGUUUUGCAGCUAGCCUCUCCUGGAGCAGGGCUUUGCGCCAGACUGUCUCGAUUUGCAUCUUGGGUGUUUAAUUUCUAAUUCAACUAUUUCUUAGUGAUGUGCCAGACCCUUGGUCUCAUUUGGCUGUUGGAUGAGCUUCCCUGCCUUAUGAACACCAACUAACCCCAAUCUUCCCCAAGGGUCCCUAGUAGAAAUGCCGUGAGUGUGUUUGUCUAAUUGGUGUUACCCAGGAUCUGUAACUCUGCAGUGAGAUCAUGGUUCACUUGGUCAGUUUUUUAAUUCGGCCUUCAUUGUAGGCCAAGCCUUUUGCUGGGAGGAAUGUAUUAUUAAUUUUAUUAAAGCAAAAGUGAAGGGGAAUUUACAGGCACAUGUACCACAAGUGACAUGUGAACACUGGAACUGCUUCCAGCAGAGGUGGGGGCGUGGUUUCACUGGUGCAGAGGAGCCCUGUGACUGAGCACGAACUAGCUUGAAAAAGGUUGGGGAUAAAAUUUAAGGUACCUCAAUUUUACAUUUUUUUCCUUAAGUGAAAAAAGAAUAUUCUAGAAAGGCCAGGGGAUUACAGGUCUAUACAACCUAUGUCCUCUAGGAAGUCAGGUCUACAGGUGAAAAAAACAGAGACUAUUUUAAAUAGGUGUAACUAGAAAGCUGCUUUGAUGCUGAUUUCAGCUGACACUAUGGACAGGGUCCGUCUUCACCCAAAACUACUGGGCUUGCUGUCCUUCCCGUCGCAUCAUGACUUUGGAUAGGUCACUGCAUUUCUCUGCUUCUCAGAUUGUCAAGUGCAUCAUCACACUAGGAACUUAUCUACAGAAACCUUAAUCCUUUGUUCAAACAAACUUUCAAGGACUCCCCAGGACACAAGACAGAUGAAAGGUGGGGUCUUCUGUUUGUAGCAGGUCUUGGGGGAGUCCAGAGCCUACAGGUCUUGGGGGAGUCCAGAACCCACAAGUCUUGGGAGAGUCCAGAGCCUACACAAAUCAUCAUCUCUUUGUUCACAUACAUGGCACUCCAAGAGAGCCUCUGAGCACCCUGAAAAUCCCUGGGGCAUGGGAAACCUGAGAGUCAGCCCAGUUCUGAACAAUAACACGUACAAAACAGUUUUUCUUGCUUUUGCUGAUCAGCAUCGGUUAUUUGCUUUACUCAAAUCCAAAAGAAAUGGUGGUCAGAUAUUUGAAGAUGGGGGGAUAACAUGAAGGUACAAAACAGGAGUGGCGUGAGCUGGCAAUCAGCAUGGAGAAGGCAGCUUUGUUAUAGCAAGAAACCAAAAAAAAAAAUUAUAAACCAGGCAGAGGGUGGGGGCUAGGAGAAGAUAGGGGGCUAAGCAGAUGGUUAAGACAACGGCUGAGGAGAGGUGAAAGUCAGUCCAAACAAAGAAAAAGGGCACUUACAGCACCCCCUCCAAAAAAAAUGAGGGUGCAGAAUCAUGUCACCAAUUGAGCAGGGAAGAGAGACAGUUACAUGGGGAGAAAGAAGCUUGACAAAGGAGAGAAGGAAGGGGUGAGUGCACCGAGAAAUACCGUUGCUGCCCUUUACAGCCCUGUCUGCAGGGAAGGCUGCAGAGACUAGGGGAGGGAGGUGAGUACAGAAAAAAAUGCCUCUGCAGAGCAGGUAAGAGGGGCCUGUGCAGAUUUAUGGAUUUUAUUAAGCCAGUUUUCUGAAUCACUCUGCUAUAAAGGAAAAUAGCUUCUGCAGAGCUGUCUCCCUCCUUCAGGUGAGGAACAAAGGAUGGGUGGAGACCCCGGUCUGCAAGAUCCUGUGUCUGUGGCUGGUUCGGCUGGCUCGGAAGCACUGCAGGUGUGUCUGUGCAUGGCACCGCCUCACCACAUCAGGUUUAUAUUGUAGACGGGAACCGAGAAUCUGUCCAUGUGAGGCUGCAGUGAGCCCACAUCUGUUACCCUUCCUAACAGUAAAUAAAUAGCCAGGGGGAAAAGAUGCCAGUCCAUGUAAAGCAAAAUCUUCAAGGGUGUGCUUUAUGAUAAAACUGGACCGAGUGUCUUCCAGAGACUGCAGCAGCAAUGAGACAGCAGCUCCCUUUCACCCUGGAUGUUGAUGCUACACAAUGCAGGGGGGACAUAAUUUAUAGGCUUCCACUAAGGUUGAGUUUUCCUCUCAUCUUCUUGCCUUUUUUAUUGGCUUCACUGCACGGUUGCCAAUAGCAACAUCCGUUGGUAGCACGGGGAGUUCAACACCAUUGCAAUCUGCCAGAUAGUGGAGCCCUGACAAUGUCAACCAUCAAUCAAAUAGCUGUUUGUAAUUGCCUCCAUCUAUUUCUCCUGUCUCAAGGUAUCUUUCCUUUUGUGGGUCAAGAUUCAGAAACUGCUGACUAAUGCCCUGGGUCUGUUCCUCCAUGACUAUGGAGAAGUGGCAGAGAUUAUUGUAGCCCUCCUGAUGCCAAACCCUAGAGGUCAGACUUUGGAAUUCUAGGACACAUAUUUCUUUGCCAUGAACGUGAUCCUACUUAUGUGCGAUUCUAGUCUAUCUUUCCAAAGCACAGAACAAGGAAAUGUCCCACUUUUCACUGUUGCUUCUUGCUGGAGAAAGGCAUUUGAAAUGUGAGCCCUCUACAAAUGAAAAAAAAAAAAACCUCAGGCAGACAAGACUGUCUGACUGUCUGCUUCCUCGGGUCUCUUGGCAUGAUCAGCUGAGAUGACACAUCCUACUUUUGUAUAAGAUGUAUUUUUUCAGAAAUUGUAUCCAUUCAUGUUAGUGAGUAUAUAGCUAAUAGCUGCACAACCUACAACACAGCUGGGGAUGCUGGUGGGUGAGUUCAGCUUGGCAAACCACCAAGGGUCCCUACCAGUACACAGCAGACCAUCCUAGGCGAUGGGCCUGUGACUUGGGACUCUGCAGGCUUCAGGUUUCUAUCUGUUAACUGAAAGCCCCAACUUUCCUUCAGUUUCUGCAUCAAAGGACCAAGCUAUGCUUUGCUUAUGGAAUUUCAUCUAGGUAAUUUCCUUCUUUCUGCUUCUCAAAUAAAACAGAAGCAAACCUGAGAGAGUUCUCUUUACCCUGAAGACAUAUGUAAGCAUUUCCGUAUAGAGGGAGUAGACACAAAAGACAACCUUCCUACAAAGUGUCUGAGCCAGCCUCUAAUGAAUGGGAAUGAUGCUGUCAUCAACACUUGCUUGUGUGUUUUCUCUUAUGUCAAAAAGAACAGCUUCCGAUUAUCUCAUGUCGUCGAAUCCCAAAUGGGAAUCAUUAGUGUAAAAGUGAGUUUGUAAAGAGGACCAAGAAAAGUAAAAAUUGUACAUGACUUUUCUGUUUCUGAAACCUGGGGGUAUACCUGCUUUCAGGUACUUUAGGUUUGUAAAUAUCUUGGAGUAAAAAUGAUCUUAGCAUUUUUUAUUAGUGCAGUAACAGUAGUAUGUUUCUGGAAUUCAGUUGCUUUUUCUGUAUAUCAAAAUUUAGCAUACUUUAGAUACUUAAGUCAUUAGACUGGUUUUACUCAGUUUACUUUGCUGUACUACUAUUUUUAAAACCCUUUCUCCUACUGAACCUAGUAAGUUGCAGAAAGACAAAAAAAAUUCGUAACCUCCAGUAAUAGGAACAAUUCCUCUCAAGUGCUGCAGAAAUCUAACAUGUUUGGAUGAAAUUAAACAUAAAGAAAACUGUGUGGCAGUGGGGGAAAAUGACAAAAAGAUUCAUUAAAGCAACUAAAUGUGACCUAACUUGGGACUCUAAAAGCUUUGCUACGCCUCCUUUAGUGAGUUCCUAAUGCUUCAUAGUAACAUAGUUAUUCCACCAUGCCGUGUGAAGAUCUCUCAAACCCCAAAUGAACUAAGAAUUUAAAGGUUGAGUCUGGCCACUAGAAGUCACACACUUCCUAAGUCAGCGGUUCUCAACCUGUGGGUCAAAACCCCAUUGGAGAUCAAAUAUCAGAUAUUUACAUUACUCCUCUGAACAGUAGCAAAUUUACAGUUAUGAAGUAGCAACAAAAGAGAUUUUAUGGUUGGAGUCACCACAACACAAGGAACUGUAUUAAAGGGUCACAGCAUUAGGAAGGUUGAGAACCCUCGUCCUAAGCGAACAACGAUAGAACAUGGAUGGCAAAAAUCAAACAAGGUGUGUCUGGGGAAUUCCAUGAAUGGCAUGAGAUUUAGCAGUGCUGAGUGCUGUGCGCGCACAGUCUGUGUCACCCCUUUCCCCCAGCUAGUGACUUUAGGUUGUGCACACUUUGAUUUUGAAUGUCCUUGCAUGUUUGUGCACCUCUCAGCAGCACUAGAGACAAAUGAUCUAUGUAUCAAUCUAUAACAACCAAUGCUAUUGAAUGUAUACACUGGUGCAAAAAUGUUUGUUUUAUUAAGUAAAUGAACUACAUGCUGUGAAAAAGAAAAGUGUCUUCUUCAAAACCAUCAUUUGUCUGUGUUCAUUUCUGUGUAGAUGUGUGUUGGAGAGCUCAUUUUUCUUUUGCUUUGGUGUAGAUUUAGAUUAACUCAUAUUUAGAGCAAUUUUAAAGUGAAGCACAGUGUGGAGAUAGAAGUCUAGUUUAUUGAAUCCCAUUCCCUUGGAGGGCCAUUGCUUUUGCCAUUUUAUUUUGAUUUACACUGAUCUAAAAGAGGGUCCCCUACUGACUUGUUUCCUAAUUAUUGUUGUUUUACACAAAAGAAGGGAAAUAUGUUAUGUGAAGCCCCUCUCUCUGUGUAGUUGCAGGCUAAUACUAUAUUGUAAGGACACUUGGUUAAACCGCUACUUGGCCAUUUCAGAAGCAACUACCCACCGCUUUGAAACGGACUGCUUUAAGAAAACGAAAACUUGUUUUUAAUAAAAUGCUUAAUGUUUAAC